CCCCCGAAAGAAUUGCAUAGCACUGACACUACUAGCAUAAAAAAAUGCAAAGGAGACGCCUCCGCCUUAACUCUUAUUCUGAUGACGAUGAAGAAGAAGAACGAGAUCAUCAAAAUGAACUCCAUUUCAACCCUCCAAACCCUAACCCUAACUGCACCCUCCCCGCCGAACCUGUCACUAUCUCCGACGACGAGGAUGAUAUUUUCAUCGACGUCGCCGACAACCUCUCGUCUCCCUCUCCCCCACCGGAGCAACAACAAGUACCUCCUCCUCAUCCUCCGACGGAGGAACGACCAGUUCCUCCUCCUCCUCCUCCGGUGAGACACUUCUCCGAUUGUCCGAUUAGUGAUCAUCUGUUGAGGUUGGGAUUGAAAUUGAAGAGAGAGUGGUUAGAUUCUUGUCUAGGUCAACUUGACGGGAACUCUAUCCAAAAUUUAGAUGUUGAAGCUAAAGCAAAGCUUUGUUUUCAACAAUUUUUGUUUUCCGACAUGAAUUAUUCCGGCGGCGGUCUGCUUCCUCCAAAUGUUGACUCUAUGCAUCUUGUUAACCUCGCCGGACCUUUCAUUUUACAGGUUGAUGAGAUUGUUAACAUUAGUUGUCCACUCAAAGGCAGGUUCCAGGAUGCUGCUACAGGGAUCAAGAGGUGCCUUAAGCUAUCUAUGACCGAUGGCGUUCAACACAUUUUCGGUAUGGAAUACAGGCCUAUUAAGGAUCUCCAAGUCCUAGCCCCUGCAGGACUGAAGGUUGUCAUUUUUAAUGUACAUAUACGUCAUGGGCUUCUGAUGUUGGUUCCUGAAGCUGUAGAAGUUCUAGGAGGGAUGGUUGACCAUUUGGAAGAAGCACGUCAACGUCUUGUGGAAGAAGUAAAUAAACCGCCUAGAGGAAGAAGAACAAGGAGUGGAGUGGUUCCUCCUUUAACAACUAGAGCAACUCUCGCUGCAUGGCCCCGCGAUGGUGUUAGUCCUGUUGGAAAUACCGGUAGUGCUGCUGAUGCCUUUGGUUGCACUAAUCACUCUGCUACUUCUAUCACCCGUGGUGGCAGUACUAUUAAUGAUCAUGGACGCACCAGUAGUUCUGUUAAUAUUAAUGUACACACCUACAGUUCUGUUAAUGUUCAUGGACAGUCCAAUAGUUCUAAUGUUCCUGGACCCAGAAAUAGUUCCACAUUCCAAUGUGCAGCUCCCUUGCAGGCAGAGGACCAAGGUGCUGAUGUGGUGGCACCUGGCAAUGGAAUUAGUCAAAGGACUACAGAAGAGUUCGCUGCUCCAAUGAGCUCAGUAGACACCAAGCCUAGUUCAUCAUCAAGUGUUAUUUUUAAUGAUGAAGAGAUGCAUAUUGAUGCAUCGUUUGAUAGGGGAAAUACCAUUACAGACCAGCAUUAUAAUGUUUUAUCAGAUCACGAGGAUGCACAUAUGCUUGACGAAGAACACCCUAUCAUACUGACUGGAGAUCGAGAAAAGCCUUUUACAUACUUAGCAAGCCUGUCAGCUAAGUGGGCUGCAAUGGAGGAAAGAUCAUCCUCUGUUCAAGGAAAAAUAAAGUGCUUAUUGACUGGUGUAAAGGAAUUUAAAUUUAAGCUGAGGACGACAUAUGAGCUUCAAGUUUAUGUUGAUGAUGGCAGCCUUAUUUCUGAGAUAUUAAUUGAUCAUAACGUGGUACAGAAGGGAAUAGGUCAUUCUCCUGAGGAGGUUAACGAUGCUCUUUCGUCUUCAGAUGCGAAGAGAGUUGGUGAUAUGAAGGAGAGGCUAAAAAAUUUCCAAAUAUUCUUGGUGAACUUUGAGGGGAUAAUAAUUUUAGAGAUGAACCGAAUCUCUGCUCUUCCAGUUGCCAUUGAGAUGAACCAAGGCUGUCCUGCUUCAGAUGCCUGGUUGCUUAUUACAAGACUGAAGUCUUCGGCUCCUGCUCAGACACACUAUAGACCAUCCUCAGAUCCUAUCGACAUUUCACCAUGAUCCUGACCGCAGUUGAUGUUUUAUGUAUCUGAAUGAAGUUUCAAAGACUGUUGAUCGUGAUGAAUUGUUUACGGAUCUUUUUAAGGAGGAAGAUUCUUCAUUCUUUGCAUCCAGAUCUGCGGAUCUUUAUUAUGCGCGGGCACAAAAACUGGCAUAAACGCGGGAACGAAAACUUGAACUGACGAGAGAAAUGUUAAAGCUAUGCCCGGCCUUCAGCUUCAAGUAUAAGGUAUUACAGAACAUACUUGUUCAUCAGUGAUAGACACGUGCAAUGAUUCAGGUCAUUUGCAAUAGGAGAAAGCAAUUGCGAAGCGAACAAAAUAGAAGUUCGAGCAAUUUGCAUCUUUGUUUAGUUGACAUAAAAACAAACACAUCACAGAUUAGUAUACCUGCUCUUGCAAUAUCACCAUCAGGCAUACCGAAAAGGAAAGAGGCUAACCAUUUGUUCAAAAGUUUCAAUACAGUAGUUUAUUAUGGCAAACACCCUUAUGUAUUUAUAACUUGAUACAGAUUUGCAACUUGUACAUACACAUUGCCACCAACUUUCUUAAUCUGCAUGAUGCAGGAAAUCUCCAUUAUGUGGUGUUAGAUAUUCCGCAAAUUCCACAGUAUCUAUAUUUGGCGUUAGAAACCCUUUUAUCUCUCUUAGCACAUCAAGGAGUUUCUUGCUUAUUGUAUCUCUGUCCGAGUGGCCGGGUCUAGGGAUCAAAAAGAAGCGGUUGCUCCACUGUUGUACAUCAGGUAAGAACACUUUAAAAUAUAACAUUGCACGGUACCAAGCUGGUUCUGUCAAGUAUUUAUCUCCACGGCAUGUAGCCCUCACAAUUGCUUUCGCACACUCCAUUGUCGACUCUAAUGGCAUCACACUUAUUUCAACCUA